UGUUCAUGACCAUGUGAUGGUGCACAAGUGCAAGGCUCAUGACGAGGGACAGCUCUGAUAAAUGGACUGUGCCUUGCCAUGUGUUCCUCGGACUAUAAACGCUACAAUAAUGUGCCAGGAAAAUGAACUUAAUGUGCUGUGGGAUGUGAGUCAUGGAGCCACCGGCUAUUCUGCCACAGCUGUGGGAGGACAGGGGGACGUUACCAUUGCAGACGUAUCAGACAACAAGUGCCUGCUGUCCCCACUUCAAUGUGGGGAGGUAUACAGCUUGACAGUCCUGGCCAUGCACGAUGAAUGUAAGAGUGCACCGAGUGCAGAAAUAGAAGUCAAAUCUGCCCCAUGCAGCCCGAUGCACAUUACAGCGACACCGGACUGCGGUAUAAACGGAGCAUCGGUUCUCUGGGAGCCAAGCGCUGGGGCAGUGUCAUAUACAGCAGUAUUUCACGGGCCCGAUGGAAGUGAGGUUUCUUGUGUUUCAUCAACCACCUCAUGCUCAGUGUCAGACCUACAGUGUGGACAGCUUUACAAUGUCACUGUCACAGCAUAUGAUGGCAGCUGCCACAGCAUCACAACAAAUGCAACAACAGUUGGAACAGCACCAUGCCUGCCCACCAACAUUGAAAUCAGCAUGAACUGCUCAUCACCGGACCUCCUAAGUAUUACCUGGUCUCCUAGCAAAGGGGCAGAAUCCUACAUUGUGGUCACUGAAGGGAAUAAUGGACAUACUCUGUCGUGUAACACAACCACAACUAUGUGCGCUAUUGAAGGAGUUCGCUGUGGAUAUAUGUAUGCCGUGUCAGUUACCACCUGGAACACAUACUGCAGCAGUGACGCUGCCAACUAUGCAACUUUUGAAACAGCUCCGUGUACUCCUGACGUGGUGGAGGUGACCAUUGACUGUGUCAGUUACGAAGCUCUGGUUUACUGGGAUGAAAACAACUAUCACCCAACCUACCACACUGCAGUCGCCACUGAUCCCUCUGGAAAUGAGCUUUCGUGUUCUGGCUUUUCUACCUCUUGUCGGAUCUCUGGCCUGGAGUGCGGAUUGGAGUACAGCUUUUACGUGUAUUCCUCUAACCGAAAGUGCCAGUCAAUAAACAGUGCAGUCCAGAAAUCCAUGACAGCUCCCUGUCAACCCAAGGAUAUUACUGUAGAUGUGCAAUGCGAAAAUAACAAUGCCUUAAUAUCAUGGACAGAGGGUAAAGGAGCCAUCUACUACCUGGCCUCACUCUCUGGAAAUGGGACAACCUCAAGUUACAAUGCUACUAGUACAGCUCUCUCAAACUUGGGGUUGCAAUGUGGACAAACCUACAAUGUUUCAGUAACGGCUGUAAAUGACAAGUGUGAAACCAUACUUUCCACUGUGAGCACAUUUGAAACAGCUCCAUGUCAGCCUCAAGGUUUGAACGUUGAUCUUGACUGCAGCAGCCAAAUCGCAUCCAUGUUCUGGGAGGAGAGCGAUGGAGCCCAGGUUUAUACUGUAAUGAUCAGAAACAUCAACGGGGCAGUAUCUUCAUAUACUACAACUAGUACCUCCUUUAGCUCACAUGUACUAGAUUGUGGACAGAAUUAUGGGUUUUCUGUUGUGGCAAUUGGUAGGACAUGUAACAGCUCAAAGAGUCUUACCAUUUAUGAAAAAUCAGCUCCAUGUGCUCCACUCUUGGUCACCUACACCACACCUUGUCCAACUUCCAUGGCUUCUAUUGAAUGGUCAGCGAGUGAGGGAGCAAUUAUGUAUAACGUAACAGCCGCUGAGGCUGGAGGAUCGGAGACAUAUUGUAAUAGCACCAAUACCAACUGCUGGGUAACAGACCUAAACUGUGGAGUGUUCUAUGAGGUAAAAGUGGAAGCUGUAGGACAGAGGUGCCGAAGUAAUGCCAGCUCCUCCAUAGUUCUAUUAACAGCCCCUUGUCUACCAGAGAAUGCUGCAGUACAUAUAAACUGUGAAAACAACUCCGCCAUGUUAUCUUGGGAGGAAAGCAAAGGUGCAUUGAACUAUGAUGCGAUAGUAAAACAUGACGAGGACUUGGUGUAUAUCUGUGACACUGAAAAUACAAGCUGUAUCAUCGCAGAUCUAGCCUGUGGAGCAUCGUAUUCCUUCUCUGUGUUGGCAAAGUUCCUGGAAUGCAACAGUUCAUAUACUACGCCCAUUGGUUUUGGUGCAGUGCCCUGUCCUCCAAGUGAAGUGGACACUUUAAUUUACCAUGGCAGUGUGAAACCUCAGGAAGUAGAGAUAACCUGGAAUGGGAGUAAUUGUGGCUCCGAUUAUAUGGCCACAAUCCAGGGGCAAAUUGGAACCGAUCUAGAAUCUGCAUUUGUUUUGAAUUCCUACUGGACAUCAUACAUGGACUUUUACAUCCCUGUGCCAUGUAGCUCAAUUUAUAAUGUUACAGUAACUGCUCGGAACCAGGCAGGACCCAGUUACCCAAGCAUUCCCAUAACAGGUCGUACAGCUCCUUGCAGCCCCAAAGUGAAACCACUCGAAGUCAUGGAAGGAAAAAUUUUGAUCUCAUGGGAAGAGGCACCAUAUGCAGAUGAGUACCGGGUGAUGGCAAUGGAUAGUGGAAGCAUCAUCUGCACGACACCAGGACUUUCCUGUCAGGUCCCAUUCACAACCAGUGCAUUUCAAAUCAUUGCUGUUAAUCAGGCAGGAGAAAGCACUCCUGCGUACCUUUCAGGUUAUAAUGGAGUGAUCAACUAAUAACUCACAAGCCGUGUAUAUUGCCUUCCAUUGGAAUCUUUUCUUCACUGCUGCUAUGAAGAAGAUCGAGGGAGAGCAUUGAACCUUUGUGAAAUCAGGACAUUUGGAUUACAUAUUUUUUUUUAAAUGAUGAUGUAUGAAAAGCCCUCAAUAAAUCUUUUCAUUC